AACAAUAACAAUACAAAUAAGCUUGUUCAAUUACAAACAAGUAAACUAAUUGACAAGAAAACAAAAAAAAAAACAACAAAAAAACUUCAAGUUACUUAAUAAAUUGUUAUUAUUACCUAAACUCGUGCUGUUACGCGGCUUUUGUUUGGUUCAAAUUUGUUUUAAUCCCACAAAUUUUAAAAUUCAUCAGAAAUAUUUUUGGUACUAUUUUUGCGGCUAAAAUACUUACAAUCACAAAUUAUAUCCCUACUUAAUUUGACGUCCUCCAAAGACCAAUACAUUUAAAAUAUAGCAGAGUAUAAGUCUCAGCUGCAUUCAUUCAUAAAUUUCGCGAUUCCUUUAAACCAUCAAUUACAAAAAAUGUCAUCAACAUACACCGUUAUCUUUACAACAGAACCAAAAUUUUCUAACUAACAAUACAAAUCUCAUUAAUCAACACAACAAAAUAAAGAAAUAAAUAAACAAACAAAACAGUGAGAAAAAAAGAGAAAGAGAUUGAAAAAAAACAAAAUUAAAGAGAAAAGCAAAGAAAAAAAAUCGCUUACAAUUAAUCAAAACAAACCGAAAUAAAUUCAUUUCCCCAUAGUGUUUUUCAGAAGGCUUGCAACGCCUUCUUUACACCAUUCAAAUAAAGGCAGCUUCCAUGCAAAAUUUCGAAAUAAUUUAUUUACAAAUUUGCCAACAACAUGUUUGUUCAAAAAGUAAAUAGUAACGCGAUCAUUUGACAACUACUGGAAAAACGUAUCUGGUAUAAAUUAUCAACACAACACAUACAAUUUGUGAAGAAAAGUGCUAAUAAAAUCUAAAAGAAAGUAAAUUUUUUAAUUUAAAUACAAUUUUUUUUAUUUCAAUUAUUUUAUUUAUUAAAAUAAGAAAACAAAAACGAAAUAAUAAAACCACAAAACCAAAAAGUGUUUUGUAAAAUCCAGUGAAAAAGAAAAAAAAAAUAAAAACAAAUUUCCUUUAAAAACCAAAAUUAUCAAACCUACCGCAUGAGGGUUAACGUGUCUAAAGCAUCCAUUUCAAAAACGUUUAUGUACGGUUUGAAAGUGUCACUUCAACGCCAAUUAACUAAAAGCAAUAAGAUAUCUUUGGAAUUUUACUUAAAUCUAGCAUCAGCAAAACAAUUCGUCGUAGCCUUAACCAUUUUAGCGGAAUUUGCAACAUUUGCAAACCUAUUAUUGCCAGCACUACUCCUACUCCUACUCAAUAUUUUUAUUUCGUUUAACGUGUUUAGUCGUUUAACGGUCUUAAUGAAUGACUUUCGGUUAAAAACUUUCUAUUAUAAAUCAAGUAAAUCUAGUAAAUCUAAUAAAACAAUUAAAACCUCAAUCACGUCAUCUAGUAAAAGUAAAACAUUUAGCUCAGUUCUAACAUCGGCAUCAACGAUUAACCUGAAAUUAUCAGCAACCUCGAUAACAUUAACAUCGUCUGCAGCAGCAGCAGCUUUUACAACGUCUGCCGCAUUGUUUAAACAGUCGAGCAGCAAGAAUAAUAAUCAUAAUCGUACUUAUAACAAUAGCAGUAAAUCGAAUAAAGUUUUUCUCUAUUAUACACCACGUGAUCCACGUUUAAGGAUUUUCCUAAAAACUAAACACUUUUUUAAUAGACCCCAACAACAACAACAGUCUCAAUUAAGUAAAUCGAAAUCUAAAUCCAAAUCCCAAGAAUACAAUUGUUGUUGUCCACUUGAUAAAAGUUUAUUUAAAGUUUUAAGUGAUUUGUGUAAUUAUGGUGAAUUAAUUGGUGGUGGUCAUAAAAGUGGUGAAUAUAAUAGUGGUGAUAAACACACAAUUGUUAAACAAUUAAAUAGUGCUAAUAAUUAUAAUAAUAAUAAUAAUUUAAAUAAAACUCAACUUAUUUGUGAUAAUUCAACAGAAACAAGUGAUAAUUUAAUUGUUGCAACAACUGCUGCUUGUGCUGCCAUUGAAACUAACAUUUCUGCCAACAUUUUAAUUGUCAUCAUUAUUGUUGCUGUUAUAAGUGAAUACACCAGGGAAUUGUUUAAAUCUAUUGAAAUUUUAUUAAGUUUCCACCAAAACCAUCAAGAGUUGAAUAUAUUUAACCUGAAAUCUUCAUUUGGUUUACAUGAAAGCAUUCUGUAAAGAUCUACAUCAGAUAAAUACAUAAAGAGACUUCACCAGUUAAGUCUAAUUUGUUCAAG